GAUGAGGUCCCCAUGCACUUCACUUCACCUACUAAUUCCAGGCCUUUCUACAGGCUGAAGCGCUCUCUGUCCUCCUGAAAUCCGAGUUCAUUCGUCCAGCUUCAAGCUCUCCGCAAAAGAGCGACCAUGACAGCCGGCAUCUCCAUCGCUGCGGGCGCGAAAACAUACGGUUUCGGCCAAAAUUCGUUCAUGGGUCCCAGAGCCACCUCCUUCAUCCGUCCCUCUUCUAUCUUUUUCUCUCCGGCCAUACGCCGUCCGCUUAAAAUUUUCCCCGCGAAGAAAAGUAUGAGAAUGACUAUAUGCUUCGUCUUAGAGGAGAAGAAACAGGAUAGCAGUAGUGGUAGUAGUAUUCGUACUAGUAGAGCUCCAGAACAUAACACAGGUGAGAGCUCCGAUGAGAUCAAUCGGGUGGUACCCGCACGAGUUGCUGAGAGACUAGCAAGAAAGAAAUCAGAAAGGUAUACUUACCUCAUCGCUGCAAUCAUGUCUAGUCUGGGAAUCACUUCCAUGGCCGUGGCCGCUGUUUAUUACCGGUUUUCAUGGCAAAUGGAGGGAGGAGAGGUCCCUGUUUCAGAAAUGCUGGGGACAUUUUCCUUAUCUGUGGGCGCUGCUGUCGGAAUGGAGUUUUGGGCUAGAUGGGCUCACAGAGCGCUUUGGCAUGCUUCAUUGUGGCAUAUGCACGAGUCUCAUCACCGACCCAGAGAGGGACCCUUCGAGCUCAACGAUGUCUUCGCCAUUAUCAACGCGGUUCCAGCAAUCGCUCUUUUGUCCUAUGGCUUCUUCCACAAAGGCCUCGUUCCAGGACUCUGCUUUGGUGCUGGUCUAGGAAUAACGGUGUUUGGUAUGGCCUACAUGUUCGUCCACGACGGUCUGGUGCAUAGAAGAUUCCCAGUGGGACCCAUUGCCAACGUCCCUUAUUUUCGCAAAGUUGCUGCAGCCCACCGGAUCCAUCACUCGGACAAAUUUAACGGAGUGCCCUACGGUCUCUUCUUGGGUCCGAAGGAACUAGAAGAGGUGGGAGGCCUCGAAGAGUUAGAGAAGGAGAUCGAUCGAAGGAUGAAGUUAUCAUCCAAGGGUUCAUGAUGAAGUAGCCAGCAGAGCUUACUUUAUGGAGACCAUUUACAGAUGAUUGUUUGUCAAAAAAAAAAAAGGAAAAGUAGCACGAAGAACUGAAGAAGAAGAGGAGGAAGAAAUAGAAGGACCGAUAGUGGCUCUGCUUAGCAAUCAGUCAAAUCAAUAUCACCAUUUGGAUCUUGUGGAUAUAUAUCACUGUAUUCCACUCAGAAGGAAAGAUAGAAAAACAGAAAUAAAAUUAAUUUCUGGGAAUUUUGUGGAUAUCCCAACUUUUUUGACUCCAAAAUCUACUUGCCUCUAUC